AUGUCCCGGAUAGAAGAGCAAUUCAGCGAGUCGGAUGACGGCAAGGUUGACGAGCCGUACGACGAAAAGUACGAGGCGCCGACCCUCGAUACCUUCAACACCCUCAACACCCUGGCCCCUACUCACGACUCCAAUGGCGGCAUGACCCCGACUAAUCAGCGGGCUGAGGCUAACCGUCUCAACGACGACCUCGAGUUGCUUCGCGCUGAGCGUCUGGUCUCUAACCAAGAGCAUGACCAAGCGUCCAAGGCCCGGACGAGGAAUAGGCAUCACAACCCCGAGCCUGAGGACGCUUUCAACCAGCACAACGUGGAGCCCGUGCUGGAGAAGAAAAAGAACACGGAUGCUGCGCUCUAUAAACUGUGGCUAUUCAUCAGCAAAUUCCCUCGAUUCUUUCGAUACAUCAUCUACCUCAUCCCGGGCGCUGCCCUGCUCCUCGCUCCCGUCCUGCUCGGUACGUUUAGGUUCAAUGGAACCGAGCACGCCGUGGGCGGUACGGGAGGUGUCUACGUUAUGUGGUUUGGCAUCUGGCUGGAGAUUGUGUGGUGUUCGCUUUGGGUGACGCGAAUGAUUACGAAUCUCAUCCCGCCAUUAUUCCACGCCGUCGCCCGAGUCGUCGGAUCAACCAAUGCCCCCAAGUGGCGGGAUAUUGGCCAGCGUCUCGAGCUUCACACGGCCAUGUUUCUGUGGUUCCUGGCCAUCCUCGUCUCCUUCAAGCCGACCAUGGACAGCCAUCGCGCCCCCGUUCCGGACGGCGAGUCGGGAAAGGUUCACAUCCACUGGAUCAGCGUCGUCAACAAAGUCAUCAUUUCGCUGUUCGUGCUGGCGACCCUGAACUUUGUGGAAAAGAUUCUCAUCCAGUGGAUCGCCCAAAGCUUUCAUCAGCGAACGUACGCCACUCGCAUCGAAAACAACAAGGCAGACAUCCGCCAGCUGGUGUGCCUUUUCGAGUAUGCCAAAAAACAGCUUGAAAGCACAGAUAGCUUCUGGAAGGGCAGCGGUGGAAAUGCUUCCGGUAGCGGUAUGCAGACGCCCAUGAGAACUCUUCACAACAACGCCCGCCAUGUGCUGGGCAAGGUUGGCCACGUUGCGGGCAGAGUUGGCAACGAUAUUCUGGGCCGCAAAGGGGCCGACAACAACCAUCCUCGAAAGAUUGUAGCCGAGCUGCUACGCAACACCGCAUCGGCGCACACGCUUGCACGCCUCAUCUAUCGGAGUGUAGUACGCGAGGGCCGCGAGACGGUGCAUCUGGAGGACCUGCAGGUUGCCUUUGAGAGUAUGGAGGAGGCUGAGGCGGCUUUCAGCAUGUUCGACAAGGACAUGAACGGCGACAUCUCCAUGGACGAGUUCGAGGCCGUGUGCAACGAGAUCCAUUUGGAGAAGAAAGCUAUUGCCGCAUCUCUCAAGGACCUCGAUUCCGUGAUUAAGAAGCUCGAUAAGGUCUUCCUUUUCCUCAUUGUGGUCAUCGCCAUCAUCGUCUUCGUCGCCAUUCUCUCCGACUCGACAGCCGCCGGCCUUGCAUCUGCGGGCUCUUCCAUCCUCGGCCUGGCAUGGAUGCUCCAGGCGACGGCCCAGGAGUUCCUGCAGUCCAUCAUCUUCGUGUUUAUCAAGCACCCAUUCGAUGUGGGCGAUCGGGUUACCAUCUACGGCAACACUGGAGCGACGCUGACGGGCGACGACUAUUAUGUCACAGAGAUCUCGCUGCUCUACACCGAGUUCAAGAAGAUGCAGGGUCACAUUGUUCAGGCCCCAAACUCGAUCCUCAACACCCUCUUCAUUCUCAACCAGCGGCGUUCCAAUGGCCUUUCGGAUGUCAUUCCCCUCGAGAUGCGAUUUGGCACACCGGGUCACCUGAUCGAGGAGCUCAAGGCUAGGAUGCUGGAAUUUGUCAAGAACAACAAGCGGGACUAUCAGCCGAGCAUCAUCACCGAAAUGACCGGCUUCAACCAAGUACGAUCGUGCACCAUGAACAUGGUCUUUUUCCACAAGAGCAGCUUCCAAAAUGAGCUUCUUCGACUGAACCGGCAUAACAAGUUUGUCACGGAACUCAUGUAUCAGAUGGUCCAGGUGGGCAUUGAGGCGCCGCUGCGGGUCGAUCCUGGCGGUAGUCGCGAGCAUCCUCUGUACUGGGCAAAUCUGCCUGCACCGCCCGCAUACAACAACAACCCCAACCCCAACGAUGGCACGCCUCAGGGUCGUCCUCGAGCCUCCUCUAGCACUCGCAGUAUUCGAAGUGUGCCGAACCAGGAGCCUGUCACGGGAGGGUUCCAAGACGUGUUCGAGAAACGACGAGAACACGUCCACAUGCAGAGAAUGGCCAGCAUUCGCGAGAAGGAGAGAGGACUUCAGGAGGAGGAGGAAGCAACUGCUCGUGCGUCCACCACGGCGCUUGCCCCUGUCACAUCGGCCGACUCUCAGACGCAAUCACGGUCUCGCAUCUUUGGACGCGCACGAAGUGGGACGAGGAGCGCCCAAAGCAAUAGGGACAUGGUCUAA